GCCAUCAAGCAGAACCCAAACCUCAGAAGCAUCAGCAGCGCGGCUGACGAGGCGACGCGGAAGAUGGCGACCAUGUCCCGUCGCAUCCGCGUCGGCCCGGAGGAAGAAAUCGCCGUGGCCGGAAAGCUCGGGCACGAGCUCUUCGUGAUCAGCCAGGGCUCCUUCGACCUGUAUCCCAAUCUGAGGAUGCAGGGCAAGGCUAAGGUGAAGUCGGCCGAGGCAGUCUACACGAGCACUUCCAUGACGGAGCGCUUGGUGCGCAAACAGCAGUUCCUUCUUGGCUUGCUCGGACCGGACAAGCGCCCUGAGGGGGCGCCCAAUGCUCGGAGAUCCAUGCUGCCGGCGACCAACCGCUUAGACGGGAAGCCGAACAAGAAGCAAUGGGCGGCCAACUCCGCUUUCGUUGUAGAUCCAAAGAAAAACUUGAGCUCGCGAACCACGCCGUCCAAGAAGGCGAGACGGGGGUCUGAGGCCGGCCUGACGAUGGACUCCUGGGGCUUCGGAUUCAUGGCUCGUACCCGGUCGUUGAAGAGCGAGAUCGACGAGGACGAGGACGAGAGCUCUCCGUUCCAAGUCGGCGAUCAGGUCGCUGCCCUCGUCGCAGGAUGGGAUGCGCAGAAGGAGCUUGGAACUGGCAGAGUUCUGGAGGUCCUGGAGCCCGGGCCACAGGGGAAAGUGUGCGUCGACUUCCCUGAUGGCAUUCGGGAAGUGAAGGUCCAGCUGCUUCGCCCGGUCGAAGACGUGGCCCCCUUGUGCCGGCUAACGUCCGGCGAGUGUUUCGGCGAAUUGUCGUUACUGUACAACACGCGCCACCUUGCGACUUGCAAAUCUGUGGAGCCCUCGGUUGUCUAUGCAAUCCCCUACAAGGCCUUCAAGCAGUGCUUCGGAAGGAGAGAAGGGCGGCCGCAGGAGAAGGUCUGGAUCAAGCUGCUGGACGAGGUGAACUUCCUGAACCCGCUGGUCCGCUCGGAGCGAGCCGAGGUUGCACGCAACGCCGUCGGCACGUUCA